AUGCAGUUCCGCGCUUCCAUCGCUGCCGCCGCCGGCCUGUUCGCCCUGGCCAACGCCCGCAUCUACGGCAUCGCCUUCCCAGAGACCGUCAAGGCCGGCGACGAGGUCGAGGCCGUCAUCACGACGGAGAACUACAUCCAGGCCGUCCAGGACAUCGCCAUCGCCUUCGGCAUCGCCACCGAGGCCUCCGCCUACCCCGAGACCCUCGGCAACGCCCUGGGCUCGUUCUACUUGGGACCUGAGGAGUCCAACACGCUCGAGAACAUCACCGAGACCGUGACCAUCCCCGCCGGCCUUGCUCCCGGCCAGUACGUCGUCGCCGCCGGGCUGUACAGCCUGUACGGCGCCUCUUCCUCUCCCACGUUGAGCCACUACAACGUCACCGUCACCGUUGGCAACGUGACCAGUGAGACAUACGUGGGCAGCCAGCGAUAA